CAAAGAUUCUAGGAACAGCUGAAGCUCAAAACAAACGUUUAACCAGUGUGGAAGAUUUAAAUUAAUACAAUGUCACAAAAAAGAGGAAAAUCUUACUAUAGAAAAUCAUCAAAUAAAAGACGCAAAGUACAUGGUAUAUUGAAUGUCGGUAUGAGGGGAUUUCUGCUCACUUGUAAUAGAGAUGAAAAAGCUUGUGUUCGUGAUGGAUUGAAUCUACUAACUGAGUAUGCUGAUCUAUUUUAUGGUCCAGAAAAUGAUGACAAAAAAGAAUCAACAGAUAAUGAUUCUGAUAGUGAAGAAGAUAUUGAAGUAAGUUUAGAAAAGGAAAAAAGAAGAUUGAAAGAACAGAUCAAGAAUAAGACACAACGGUUCCAACCUAUGCAGUCUGGUGCUAAUAAUGUAGUUUUUAUCAGAACACAGAUUGAUAAUCCAGGCGAAAUGGCGUAUCAAAUCCUGACAGACAUUGCUAAGAAAUCAGAAAAAAUCACCCGUCAUAUACAGCGAAUGAUACCAGUCAACGGCACCUGUCGCACUAUUAUGGAGGAUAUGGAAGACCUGGGGUCUCGUCUCAUAGAUCCAUUUUUUCAUGUGGAAGGCACAUCCCAAAUAGCCUUCAGUGUCCAGUACAAAGCUAGGAACAAUGGCAAAGUAAAACGUGAUGAAAUUAUCAGGAUGUUGGCAAGUCUGGUGUUGAAGGAAGGUUCACCACAUAAGGUGGAUUUAAAUAUGCCAGAUAUUACAAUUAUAGUGGAAAUCAUCAAGAACAUUUGUUGUAUGAGUAUUGUGAAGAACUUCCAUGGUCUCAAGAAGUAUAACCUGCAUGCUGUCGUUGAAGAGCGACUUAAUGAAAGUAAGGAUGAGCCAGGUCAAAGGUGCAAGGAGAAAGAACAUUCUAAUGUUCCUGAUCCAGUGGAAAAACUGGCCAACAAUGAAAGUAAAGAUCUAUGCCAAAGAUCUGAAGAAAAGAAUGAGAAGGUAAAAUCUAACCCACCUGCCAUAGAGGAAGGCAACAAAGAGAGCGAUAACAUUCCCGAUGAUAAAAUAGAGAAAACCAAAGAUGAUCCAAGAGAAAUACUAGACACAGAAAAAUCAAUGAAAGAUGAACGCAGUGAUAAAACUGUAGAUGAAGCAAGAACAGAGGAUGAUGACAAAGUUGAUGGGAAAACAGGAUGUAGAUAAAAGUGAAAUGAAUGAAUCUCCCUGAGUAUUGGGAGCCCUGAGUGUGAUUAGCCAAAUAUUUUUUUUUAUCAUACAUUGUAUUACAUUGACUGCCACAAGUGUUUGAAUUGCAGGAUAUUAACGAAGUAAUGCUGUGAAUUUGGUGACUUUUUAGGCAGUUUUUUUUGCAACUCCAUUAUCCUUUUGUAUUUGUCAAUGACCUGAUUCACAUAUUUAUCUUUGUGAACUACAUAUUUCAUUCAGUAGAGUGUUAAUGUAGCCACACAGCACAUUAAAGGUAUUGCUAUUCAAGAUAUGUAUCAUUUUGAACAUGCAAAACUUGAUCAUUCUGAACAGUUCUUUCAAUGGAAAUGGGCCUUGUUGAGAACAAAGUAAAUUCUGGUAAUAUUCUCAUGUAAUUCUGUAUGGAUUAUUGUAAUUUGUUAAUAAAACUGAUA